CUUCUCGCUAAGUUCAAGUCACAGCGGUAGACGACGCACGCUUUUCGUAAUCCUAACCUCCACCGAUGUUUAUUUAUUGGCAGCAUUUCUGUUUCAAUUCGUUGUAAAUCCUCAGUGUUAGUUUGUUCAGCUAGUCUUUGGAUUGAGUGAGCGCUUUUUUAAUACCCAAAAUCAUUUUUGAGAAUCUUUGACGAUGGAUGCUGACCUUUACGAUGAAUUCGGAAAUUACAUCGGCCCCGACUUGGCAUCCGAGAGCGAGGAUGAAGCUGAGUAUGGAAAUGGAGGAGACGAUGCCGGAGAUCAAGAGCGAUCUGACGAAGAGAUGGAAGAAGAUAAGGACGAGGUUCGGGAGCACCCUGACCAAAGCACGAUGGCCGUUGUCCUCCAUGAAGAUAAACGCUAUUAUCCAAGCGCUUUGGAAGUUUAUGGACCGGAGGUGGAAACUCUGGUGCAAGAAGAAGAUGCCCAACCACUUGAUAAACCUUUAAUUGCGCCAACCAGAAGGCCAAAGUUUCAAAUCAAGCAACAGCAACUGCCAGAUACUACGUACAGCAUCGAGUUUCUUGCAGACAUGAUGGAUGCCCCUCAUCUUAUACGAAAUAUCGUACUCUUGGGUCAUUUGCAUCACGGUAAAACGACUCUCGUUGACUGCCUCGUUCGUCAAACUCACCCCUACAUGCACAGUGUAACGGAUGAAAAGGCACUCAGAUACACCGACACCUUGUUUACUGAACAGCAGCGAGGCGUGUCAACGAAAGCCACACCAGUUACUCUACUGCUCCAAGAUGUUAAGGCUAAGUCAUACUUGUUGAACGUGUUCGACACUCCAGGGCACGUCAACUUUUCUGACGAGGCCACAGCCGCUAUCCGAAUGUCGGAUGGGGCUGUUUUGGUUGUAGACGCAGCAGAAGGUGUGAUGCUAAAUACAGAACGUCUGCUGAAGCAUGCGCUGCAGGAAAAACUUGCACUGACUGUCUGCAUUAAUAAAGUGGAUAGAUUAAUACUGGAAUUGAAGUUGCCCCCUCUAGACGCUUACUACAAGUUGCGACACAUAAUUGAGGAAGUGAACGGGCUCAUUGCUCUGUACUCUGAUUCUGAGAAUCCUGCGUUCGUCUCCCCAGCUUUGGGCAAUGUUUGCUUUGCCAGCUCGGAGUACAAUGUUUGCUUUACUCUGAGAUCAUUUGCUGCUCUCUAUGCCAAAAAUCAUCCGCAGCUUAACGCUACAGAAUUUGCAAAGCGGCUUUGGGGCGAUGUAUACUUCAAUUCGAAAACUCGAAAGUUUAUCAAGAAACCGCCGCAUAAUACCGCUCAGCGAAGUUUCAUCGAAUUUAUUCUGGAACCACUUUACAAGAUUUUUGCACAGGUCGUCGGCGACGUCGACACCACACUUCCGGAUGUGCUUGACGAAUUGGGCAUCAGGUUAAGCUCUGAAGAAAUGAAAAUGAAUAUCAGGCCACUUCUCAGAUUGGUGUGCACAAGAUUUUUGGGUGACAUGAGCGGGCUCGUUGAUAUGUGCGUAACUCAUGUGCCUAGUCCACAUUCUCAUGCUCCAGUCAAAGUUCGACACGUCUAUACUGGCCCUCCAGAUUCACCACUUGCGCAGGAUAUGACCAACUGUGAUCCAGACGGCCAACUGAUGGUACACAGUACAAAAAUGUAUCCCACCGAAGAUUGUACCUUGUUCGUUGUACUGGGAAGGGUGAUGUCGGGGACUUUGGAGGCGGGAGCGCGAGUUCGUGUCUUGGGUGAGGCUUAUUCUAAGGCCGACGAGGAGGACUCGCGAAUAUUGACGGUCGGUCGCUUGUGGAUCAGCGAAGCUCGUUACUCCAUAGAACUGAAUCGAGUACCUGCUGGUAAUUGGGUGUUGAUAGAAGGUAUCGACAGGCCGAUAGUCAAAACGAGCACAAUAACUGACCUAAGCAAUUCUGAUGACUUGCACAUAUUCCGACCAUUGAAAUUCAACACUCAGAGUGUAAUAAAGAUCGCUGUUGAGCCUGUUAAUCCGUCCGAACUACCAAAAAUGUUGGAUGGAUUGAGAAAAGUAAACAAAAGCUACCCUCUUCUUGGCACAAGGGUCGAGGAGAGCGGUGAACACGUUGUUCUUGGUACUGGUGAACUCUAUCUGGAUUGCGCCAUGCACGACCUGCGCAGAAUGUACUCCGAAAUUGAUAUCAAGGUUGCUGAUCCCGUCGUCGCUUUCGCCGAAACGGUGGUCGAGACUAGCUCCUUGAAAUGCUUUGCUGAAACUCCCAACAAGCGAAAUAAACUGACAAUGAUUGCUGAGCCUCUGGAAAGAGGAUUGGCAGAGGAUAUCGAGGCGGAACAUGUCCGUAUCACUUGGAACAAAAAACGCCUGGGUGAAUUUUUUCAGACAAAGUAUGACUGGGAUUUGCUCGCGGCUCGAAGCAUCUGGGCGUUUGGUCCUGACUCCACUGGACCCAACAUUCUGGUCGAUGACACACUGCCCUCGGAGGUAGACAAAACGCUUUUGGGAAGCGCAAGGGAUGCCAUUGUUCAAGGAUUCCAAUGGGGAACCAGGGAAGGACCUCUUGCCGAAGAGCCUAUCAGAAAUGUAAAAUUCAAGAUAUUGGACGCCGUCAUUGCUCAGGAACCCCUGCACAGAGGAGGUGGCCAGAUUAUUCCGACGGCAAGGAGAGUCGCUUAUUCGGCAUUUUUAAUGGCCACUCCUCGCCUCAUGGAGCCGUAUCUGUUCGUCGAGGUCCAAGCACCAGCCGAUUGUGUUUCGGCGGUUUACACGGUCCUUGCAAAACGUCGCGGACACGUUACACAAGACGCUCCGGUUCCCGGAAGUCCGUUGUAUACGAUAAAAGCGUUUAUCCCAGCCAUCGACAGUUUCGGCUUCGAGACAGACCUCAGAACGCACACGCAAGGCCAGGCGUUUUGCCUCUCAGUCUUUCAUCACUGGCAAAUCGUGCCGGGAGAUCCUCUUGACAAAAGCAUAACCAUCAGACCUCUCGAACCUCAGCCAGCCACCCAUUUGGCCAGAGAAUUUAUGCUGAAAACCAGGAGACGCAAAGGCCUCUCCGAAGAUGUUUCUAUCAACAAAUUCUUCGACGAUCCUAUGUUGCUUGAACUCGCAAGGCAGGAUGUGUUACUCAAUUAUCCUCUUUAGGCUGGAUAAAAAUCAUUGUUAAAUAUGUUAGUCCAGAACGAAUUACCUACAAGCCAGGAGAGAACAUUGAUACAAGUGAUACAGCGGUUCAUAUUUCAAAUUGUCAUAAAUAAUAUGUAUCAUAGUGUCACCGUGCACUGAUAUUACAGAUACGUGACAUGUAUGGCAAAGCUUGAUCAGACAUGCAUCGAGACGACGCUUGCUUGUGGGGGAAAAAAAUAUUAUAUUUUAUUUUUCGCAUUCUAUUCAUCACCUCAUUCCAUACAACAAUUUUCUUACAGAAAAACGUAGAGUAAGGUAUAAGAGGUCGAGUACAAUCAAGACAGUGGUCAUAUUACUAUCGCAAUUGUCAAGAAAAUAUUUUUUUUCCAAACUUUAACGAAUAAAACCUAUUUAUAAUUA